AUGGAAAACUACGUGGAAGCUCUCCAAAAUGUCAUUCAAAACAUGCAGAACGAAAUCGCUGCCCUGCGCGCGGAGCGCAGUAUCCCACAAGUACAGGCUGCGUUGAGCAUACCUCCCCCAGACAGGAUAACGGAGAUCGCUCCAAAUUCACAACUUUUGUCAGCCAGUGCAAUUUGGCCAUGA